AUUAACAGUCAGCAACGCGGUGCCGCAAGGGCACGCGCCAGUACCCACAGUACUCUGUACCACCAUGUGCACGCUUAGUUAGGGUACACCAUUUCAAAUCGAAGCGCAUCCCCACGUCGCGUUUGAGCAUCUCAGCAUCUUCCGCACUGACGGGGAUGGGGCGCCCCCCACCGGGGCUCUACAGAGGCUUUUUGUGCAUGUGUGUGUGCGCGCGCGCGCGCCCGAUCACGUGACAGCAGGAAGCGCAGAGGCAGCGAUGAGACACCGGUGAGACGCCGCUGAGGCUCCGCCGCUCUGACAGCCCGGAGUCCCCGUCCCGUUAGUUCGCACGGACGAGGACGCGGACGCGCAAACGGAACGCGCACUCAGCCAUGGCGGGACCGCGCUGACGGACAGCACACCUUCCUUCUCCGCCCUCUCGCGCUCUUGGCCCCCUGCUUUGCUCCCCCCCCUCCUCCGAAGUUUCGGCCCCUGAGGUCGGCGGCUGUGCGAAGGAGGAGGAGGAGGAGAUCGGAGCGGAGCGCAGGGAUCGGAGGCGGAAUGGCGGAGCGGGACGCGGCGGCGCCUCUCCCUCUCCCCCUUCCCCUUCCCCUGGAGGUGCGGGCCCGCCUGGCCGAGCUGGAGCUGGAGCUCUCCGAAGGUGACAUCACACAGAAAGGCUACGAGAAGAAGAGGGCCAAACUGAUCGGCGCCUACCUCCCGCAGCCACCAGGGGUUGAACCGUCUGUGCCACUGGAGCGCCGAGCCCCCGUCACCCCGUCCUCCUCCUCGCGGUACCGGCGCUGCUCCUCGGGGUCCAGGGAUGAGCGGUAUCGGUCAGAUGUGCACACGGAGGCGGUGCAGGCGGCGCUGGCCAAACAUAAGGAGCGCAAGAUGGCGGUGCCCAUGCCGUCCAAACGACGCUCCCUGGUGGUGCAGACCUCUAUGGAUGCUUACACUCCCCCAGACACAUCCUCGGGGUCCGAUGGGGAGGGCUCCGUACGGGGCGAGGACACGCCCACCUCGAGCCAGGGCAGUCUGAGCAUGGAGCGAUGGAUCAGCCGGGCCAUCCACGGCUCCACCACGUCCUCCACUACGUCCUCAUCCUCGACGCAGAGCGGGGGCAGCGGGGCAGCCGGUCGCCUUGCCGACGUCCUCGCCCAGACGCACGUGGGGCCCAUUGCACACCUCUCCCUGAAGAGGAAGGCGGCGACCGGCGCCGUCGGCAACGGAAACUCGUUACGGCGGUCCUGCGAGUUCGGAUCAGAGCUCGUCUGGCCCCCCCUGGAGUCUCGGGAGAACCACUCGGCCCCACCGGAUGUGACCACCUACGCCUCGGAGCACAGCGCCCAGGUGGAACAACCACCGGUGUCCGCUGGCUCCCGACCCGCGACCAAGUACGGCAAUGCGGAGCUGAUGGAGACGGGCGACGGUGUUCCUGUCAGCAGUCGCGUGUCUGCUAAAAUCCAGCAGCUGGUGAACACGUUGAAGAGGCCCAAGCGACCGCCUUUGAGAGAGUUCUUUGUGGACGAUUUCGAGGAACUCCUGGAAGUCCAACAGCCGGACCCCAAUCAGCCGCGACCUGAGGGUGCCCAGAUGAUUCCGGUGCGGGGGGAGCAGCUGGGCGUGGUCACCAACUGGCCUCCCUCACUAGAGGCGGCACUGCAGCGCUGGGGCACCAUCUCGCCCAAGGCCCCGUGCCUAACCACCAUGGAUACCAACGGGAAGCUGCUCUACAUCCUCACAUACGGAAAGCUAUGGACACGAAGCAUGAAGGUGGCCUACAACAUCCUUCAUAAGCUGGGGACCAAGCAGGAGCCUAUUCUCAGACCGGGAGACAGAGUGGCUCUGGUGUAUCCCAACAACGACCCGGCGGCAUUCAUGGUGGCCUUCUACGGCUGCCUGUUGGCCGAGGUGGUCCCCGUGCCCAUCGAGGUGCCGCUCACGAAGAAGGACGCAGGAAGCCAGCAGAUCGGCUUCCUGCUGGGUAGCUGCGGUGUCACCGUGGCCUUGACAAGCGACGCCUGCCACAAAGGACUGCCCAAGAGCGCCACCGGAGAGAUCCUCCAGUUGAAAGGUUGGCCAAAGCUUUUGUGGUUCGUCACAGAGUCAAAGCACUUAUCCAAACCCCCAAGAGACUGGUUCCCACACAUAAAGGACGCCAACAACGACACGGCCUACAUCGAGUACAAGACGUGCAUGGACGGCAGCGUUUUGGGAGUCACGGUGACGCGGAUCGCCCUCCUGACACACUGCCAGGCAUUAACGCAGUCCUGUGCGUACUCGGAAGCCGAGACCGUUGUGAAUGUGUUAGACUUUAAGAAGGACGUGGGCCUGUGGCAUGCUGUUCUCACGAGCGUGAUGAACAUGAUGCACGUCAUCAGCAUCCCCUACUCCCUCAUGAAGGUCAACCCGUUGUCAUGGAUACAGAAGGUGUGCCAGCACAAAGCCAAAGUGGCGUGUGUGAAGUCGCGGGACAUGCACUGGGCGCUGGUGGCCCACCGAGACCAGCGGGACAUCAAUCUAGGCUCGCUCCGCAUGUUGGUGGUGGCUGACGGCUCGAACCCUUGGUCCAUCUCGUCCUGCGAUGCCUUCCUCAACGUCUUCCAGAGCAAGGGCCUUCGGCCGGAGGUCAUCUGCCCCUGCGCCAGCUCCCACGAGGGCCUCACCGUGGCGAUCCGGAGACCUGUGGACGAUGGCAGCCAGCCCCCUGGGCGGGGUGUGCUCUCCAUGCAAGGCCUGAGCCACGGUGUGAUCCGGGUCGACUCCGAGGAGAAGCUGUCUGUGCUCACGGUGCAGGACGUCGGCACGGUCAUGCCAGGAGCGGUCUUGUGUGUGGUGAAAUCGGAGGGGGUCCCACACCUCUGCAGAACAGACGAAGUGGGUGAGCUCUGCGUGUGCUCCGUCGCCACGGGGAUGUCCUACUACGGCCUCUCGGGCAUGACCAAGAACACCUUCGAGGUAUUUCCCACGAGCACCUUGGGGGCACCCAUCAGCGAAUACCCCUUCGCUCGGACUGGUCUGCUGGGCUUCGUGGGACCUGGCGGUCUGGUCUUCAUCAUUGGGAAGAUGGAUGGGCUCAUGGUGGUGUCUGGGCGGCGACACAAUGCUGAUGACAUCGUUGCCACGGCGCUGGCGGUGGAACCCAUGAAGUUUGUCUACAGGGGCAGGAUCGCCGUGUUCUCCGUGUCCGUGCUGCACGACGAGCGCAUCGUGGUGGUGGCCGAGCAGCGACCCGACGCCACGGAGGAGGACAGUUUCCAGUGGAUGAGCCGCGUGCUGCAGGCGAUUGACGGCAUCCACCAGGUGGGCGUGUACUGCCUGGCCCUUGUUCCCUCCAACACCCUCCCCAAAACGCCGCUGGGGGGCAUCCACCUGUCGGAGACCAAGCAGCUGUUCCUCGAAGGCUCCCUGCACCCCUGCAACGUGCUCAUGUGUCCCCACACCUGCGUGUCCAACCUGCCGAAACCCAGGCAGAAGCAGCCAGAAAUCGGCCCCGCCUCCGUGAUGGUGGGGAACUUGGUGUCCGGCAAGCGGAUCGCCCAGGCCAGCGGCCGGGACCUGGGACAGAUGGAGGACAAUGACCAGGCAAGGAAGUUCCUCUUCCUGUCCGAGGUGCUGCAGUGGAGGGCUCAGACGACCCCGGACCACGUCUUGUUCACGCUGCUCAACUCGCGGGGUACGAUUGCCAGCUCGCUGACCUGCCUGCAGCUGCACAAGCGAGCCGAGAAGAUUGCCGCCCUGCUGGCAGAACGGGGUCACCUGCAGGAUGGGGAUCACGUGGCGCUAGUCUACCCCCCAGGGAUUGACCUGAUCUCCGCCUUCUACGGGUGUCUGUACGGGGGCUGCGUGCCCAUCACGGUCCGCCCACCACACCCCCAGAACAUCGCCACUACUCUGCCUACAGUCAAGAUGAUCGUGGAGGUGAGUCACUCCGCCUGCGUGAUGACAUCACAAGCCAUCUGCAAGCUGCUGCGGUCCAAGGAAGCGACGGCCGCUGUGGACAUCAGAACGUGGCCUCCCGUCCUGGACACGGAUGAUUUACCAAAGAAGAAGCCCUUGCAGCUGCACAAGCCCUCGAACCCGGACUUGCUGGCAUACCUGGACUUCAGCGUGUCCACCACUGGGAUGCUGGCAGGAGUGAAGAUGUCCCACGCUGCCACCAGUGCCUUCUGCCGCUCCAUCAAGCUGCAGUGUGAGCUGUACCCGUCGCGGGAGGUCGCCAUCUGCUUGGACCCCUACUGUGGCCUGGGCUUCGUCCUCUGGUGCCUGUGCAGCGUGUACUCGGGCCACCAGUCCAUCCUGAUCCCGCCCUCGGAGCUGGAGGUGAACCCGGCGCUGUGGCUCCUGGCCGUGAGUCAGUACCGCGUGAGGGACACCUUCUGCUCCUACUCCGUCAUGGAGUUGUGCACUAAGGGCCUCGGCACGCAGACGGACUCCCUCAAGUCUCGUGGCCUGGACCUGUCCCGCGUGAGGACGUGUGUGGUGGUGGCUGAGGAGAGGCCCAGGAUAGCCCUGACCCAGUCUUUCUCCAAGCUCUUCAAGGACCUGGGGCUCCACCCGCGUGCCGUCAGCACCUCCUUCGGCUGCAGGGUCAACCUGGCCAUCUGUCUGCAGCCUCACAGGCUGGGGAAGGUUGCUGAGCAGGGCACCUCGGGACCUGACCCCACAACUGUGUACGUCGACAUGAGGGCCCUAAGACAUGACAGGGUCCGUCUGGUAGAGAGGGGUUCCCCACACAGCUUACCGCUCAUGGAGUCUGGAAAGAUUUUGCCCGGAGUUCGGAUCAUCAUCGCCAACCCGGAAACCAAGGGACCAUUGGGGGACUCGCAUCUAGGGGAGAUCUGGGUUCACAGCGGCCACAACGCCAGCGGCUACUUCACCGUCUAUGGGGACGAGGCGCUCCAGUCGGACCACUUCAGCUCCCGCCUCAGCUUCGGGGACACGCAGACUGUGUGGGCGCGCACUGGAUACUUGGGUUUCUUGAGACGGACGGAGCUGACUGACGCCAGCGGGGAGAGACACGACGCCCUGUAUGUGGUGGGUGCACUGGAUGAGGCCAUGGAGCUCCGGGGAAUGAGGUACCAUCCCAUCGAUAUUGAGACUUCUGUCAUCCGCACCCACAAGAGCAUCACAGAAUGUGCCGUGUUUACCUGGACCAAUCUGCUGGUGGUCGUGGUGGAGCUGGAUGGUUCAGAGCAGGAGGCCCUGGACCUGGUGCCGCUGGUCACCAACGUGGUGCUGGAGGAGCACUACCUGAUCGUGGGCGUCGUGGUGGUCGUCGACGUGGGCGUCAUCCCCAUCAACUCGCGCGGCGAAAAGCAGCGCAUGCACCUGCGCGACGGCUUCCUGGCUGACCAGCUGGACCCCAUCUAUGUGGCCUACAACAUGUAGCACCCCCUGCGACCCAAAAGAUGCCGUAUGGCACGGCACGAUUGGUUGUUGACAUGAGAUGGGUGGGAACGCGGCGGGAGAAGGAUGGGAGGGUUCGAUGGAUGGUGGAUCCGAACCAGAGACCCAGAGGCUCUCCCCACCUCCCCAUGGGAGCGAAGCCCUGCACAUGUCUUGCUUAUUUGGAAAUUGAUUUUGAAGUAGGUGUGGCUCUAUCUUUCCAUGUUACGUAUGCCCAAGUUGCUCAUUUUUAAUAUGCCCUCUAAGAGGAAAGGGUAUUUUUUUAAAUAUUUACAUACUGUGGCAAACUGUAUUUUAAGUUGUCAACUGUUUUUAAAAUGUAAAGCAUUAUAAAUAUAGAUAUGUUUCGAUACAGGGCAGCGGUUUUGUCCUUAAAAACCUUCAGAGGUACUGCGUAUUUUUGUUGCUUUUUUAACUUUGGUUGAGGUUUUUAGCCGUAAUCUCGCCGUGUAGAUUCGUCUCUAAUGAUGUCAGGAUCGGGAUGUCGCGUUUCCAUCGUUUCCAUAGCGACCCAGCGGCAUCACUAAACCGAAAGACGGAUCUUACCUCCUUCGCAUCCUGUAAUUAUGUACAAAACUCUUAAUUUAUUGUUCAUCUUUAGAAGUAUAUGAGAAGACAUUUAAGAAUGUUGUGCUCUUUAAAUAUUUGAUAAUAUAAAACAAAGCAGCUUACAACCGGGUGUGUAGUAUCACUUCCAGUGUAAAAAAAAAUAUGUGUACAAAUAUGAAUAAGAGCUGGAGUUCAGCAGUGAAGUUGCCGAGAUACAGCAUGCAUGGCAUCUGUCAAUUAAGUGGCACACGUGUGUUGGAAAACAUGGAAGACACGCCAAGGAAAUCUACCCACCAGGGAAAGACACAGACGGAAACCUUACAAUAUUCAAAACGGAUAAAAACAUUUUAUUUAGAGACUAACUGCAGCUUUGGUUUGGUGGAGGUGGCGUAUGGGAUGCUGCGGGGGUGUCACAAAUGCAAAAAGGGUGGCAGGACGGCGUGAGACGUUCAUCACUGUGACCUGAACGCGUUUUACAUGAAUGACACGUUUACAUUUAUUCCCUUUGCAAAUAGGCAGAUUUACUAACCCUAUUACAUAUAUAAUCAACAAUCAAGUCACUUUGACCACAUUACUUUCGGGAAGAGAGCGCUUUGCCUGUUGGAUGUACUGGCAUCCUGUUUAAUGGGGGGAGAAACCAUCAUGAUUGCAGAAUAAGUAUUUAGAAUAUUUUUUGGCCCCCAGACCAAUUUCAGUACAGAUUUGCAUUACAUGUGAACUGUUCCUGUCUGCCACAUAUUUCAGUAUCGCCAGUAAUUUGCGCCUCUGUGGGAGACUGGAGAGACCGAACGGUUUCCCCGAAAGCUGUUGGUCAGUGAGGGGGAAAAAUGGUUUGUUUUGUCAGGCGUCAGUGAACAUGUUUUCUAAUCACUUUUUUCUUUUUUUUUUAAUUAUUUUUUGAAAAAGCCUGUUUGGCCUACAGGUGCUGCGUAUGUUCAUACAUUCUGAUGCAAUAAGGCAUGUUCA